CGCUGAUGUCACUGGUCACUCGGUGGCUGUUUCCUCGAGCCCCCGAUCAAGAGAAUUUCCCAUGCGGUCGGAUUCUGCGUCUCGCCGCUCUGUGCUGAUCUCCUCCCACAGGGCCACACCAAUGUAUUCUGACUGCCGAAUUCUCCUCUUCCAAACUUCCCAGCGUGUGGAUUCGCCUGUUCGUUAGCACCCGACAUUUAUGUAUAUACGGGAAUGUUACUGCAUACUUUGGCGUCGUUUCUGUUUAGCUCAUCCUUAUCACUCUACUCGACAUCUUAAGCAUUGAAGACAUCAACACCACUACUACGAUGCCCCCCAAAUCCAAGACGAAUCACGACGAUGCAAAGUCGGAAACUCCGAGCGUCAAGGAGCGCAACGGCCAUGGCUCGUAUAACCAUCACCACUCGAGUGGCAAGCUCCGCCGAGUUGCCAGUUCCACGGGGUCUCAGUUGCGAGACGUAACGUCGAUCAACGGCCAGGAGUCGACUGCGACAGCAGCAACAGCGGCGGCAGUGACACAACCGGGGCUGCAAUGGUCAUCGUUUGAUCGAGACGUGCUACACGAGUACCGCCGCGAAUACCGCCUCGACACGCCGACCGCCUUCUCCAAUUCAUACCACCAAUGGGUGCUCUCAAGACCCGGCGUCGGAUUACACUCUCCUACGAUGGCUCGAAAGCAAGAGUACAGACGGCAAAGCAAAGAGGACCUCGCCAAAGUGGUCAGAAAACACUUUAAUGGAGUCGGCAUCCAGGAGAAUGACGUCGUUGUUGGUUUCCUUCACAAAGUCAGGUGUCCUGGCGUCAUCAAGCCGAGAAGAGACAAGAAAAAACCUCACUCGUCGCCAAUGCCAUGAUAUAGUUGAUUCUGGGUAUACGGAGCUUUGGCUACUUUGUAAAUGUUUCAUACCAUGGCGGUAAUGUUGGGGGGCGCCUCGCCGCAAUUUUUCUGGCAUUGGGAACACGGAGUUUUUGGCGCUACAGGGAUCCCUUAGAUGGGGAUUAUGAACUUGAAGAAAUCAAGAGCUUCUCCUUUUAAUGAUAUAUCAUUACGAAAUGCGCAUCUCCUCGCUUCAACCCCG